GAAAGAACGUUAGCAACAGGGUGGACACCAUUUUGUAAACAGAUCAAAUGUCAAAAUGGCAACAGCUAGGUCAUUUGGUCAACAUUUCCUUGAAUGCGAAAACUGUGAGGAAAAUCCCGCGCAAUUCCUUUGUAAAACAUGCCCUGGUCAUCUUUGCGAGAAAUGCAAAACAGAACAUGAAGCGAGAAAAAUUACAAAAACCCACGACAUUAUGCACAUGCAUAUAAAUAGGGAGGAUAGAAUGGGUCUUAUUUACUGUGCAAAACAUACUGUAAACAAGUUAGAGUGGUACUGCUCUCCCUGCAAGGAGCCGGUGUGUUCAAAAUGUCUUAUAGAAUCCCAUAAUGGACAUAAAUUGGAAGAGCUUGAGAAAAUGUACAAAGAGAUCAGAAUGAAAUUCAAAAAAGAGAAAAAAGAAAUAGAAAAUACACUUUUACCAAAGUUUAGAGGAUUGUUAAACAAUGAAAAAACCAAGAAAUUGGAAAUAUCAAAGAGAACAGAGGAAGUGCAAAAACAAAUAAAAGAUCACACAAAAUCAAUUAUUCAGAAGGUCAUAGUAAUGGAAAAUGAAACAUUACAGUGUCUUUUACUAGAGAAAGAGAGGGUCAUUGGAGCAGUCGAGAAAACAGAACUAGAAAUUGAACAUAGAAUUAGUACAUUAGAGACAAUUAAUGAAGGCAUCACAGCCAAUUUAGAUGCAGACCCUGGAAUUUCAUUUUUUAGGAAUACAGACUCAUUCCUAUCAAAAGGUAUGCAAGUAUUACCUUCCAGUGUUAAUUACAAGCUAAACAACUUUCAACCUGUUGAUACAAGUGAACUAACAACUGAGGGUCUAUUUGGGAAAUCACCAAUUUUUUCAAGAGAAUUGAGUUAUGUUAAUAUGCAAUGGGAAGGAUGUGAUAAAAAGAAAAAGAAAAAGAAGAAUUAA